AUGUCGACGGCACGGAGUUAUCUGAUCCAAGAGAAGAUCCAGCGAGAUGAGAGCAGCAAACUACAUGUCAUCAUCGUCGGGGCGGGUCUUGGAGGUCUAGGAGCAGCCAUCGCGACUCUGUUAGCCGGUCAUGAUGUGACCGUCCUAGAAUCAGCACCAGCUAUCGGAGAGGUCGGGGCCGGCAUCCAAGUACUUCCAAACGCAGCUCGUGUGCUCUUCUCGUGGGGUCUGGAAGAGAAGCUCGAGAAGUACGCGACCAAGCCCCAGAAGUGCAACUUCAUCGGCUGGAAGGGCAACUUCCUCGGCGACAUGGACUACCACCAAUACUCCGCGGCCGCCGGUGGCUUCCCCUUCUGGGACUUCCACCGCUCCGAUCUGCACCGCUGUCUCCUCGAGCGCGCCGUGGAGCUGGGCGCCAAGCUCGUCACGAACGCAAAGGUUGAGACCUUCACUGUUUCCGAGGACCAGGCGACGUCGACCGUGUACCUCGCCGAUGGCCAGACGAUGACCGCCGACCUCGUUGUCGGCGCCGAUGGUAUCGCUUCCAAGCUGAGGGAGGAGUUCCUCGGAAAGUCUGAUCCGCCCCAGCUCACCGGGGACCUGGCGUACCGACUCCUCCUGAACACCGCCGACAUGCUCAAGGACCCGGAACUGCGGCACUUCGUGGAGAACCCGCAGGUCAACUACUGGGUCGGUCCCGACAAGCACGCCGUCAACUACGUCCUCAAGGGAGGCAAGCUCUUCAACAUGGUUCUGUUGGUGCCGGACGACAUUCCCAUCGAUGGCGGAAACACACUAAAGGGAAAUAUCGAGGAGAUGCGUGCGCACUACGACGGAUGGGAUCCCCGCAUCAGCAAGAUGUUGCUGAUGUGCGACGAAGUCCUGAAAUGGAGACUAUGCAUCAGACCGGGCCUCGACCCGACCUGGUCGCAUUCGUCCGGUUCAUUCACCAUGCUCGGCGACGCCGUCCACGCGACUUUGCCCUACCUCGCCAGCGGCGCAGGCAUGGCGCUCGAAGACGGCGGUGUUCUGGGUCUGUGUCUUGCCCGAGUGACUGACAAGUCGGCCUCGUCCAAGCAACAAGCCCUCAAGAUCUACGAGGACUGUCGCCGGGAGAGGACGGAGAAGGUCGUGCGCCGUGGCACGUAUAACCAGUGGAUGUACCACCUCCACGACGGCGAGGAGCAGGUGGAUCGCGAUGCCAAGUUCAAGCAGUUCGGGGAGAUGGAUGAGAAGUGGCUGAGUGGCGAGUCGCCUGUCCUGCCUGAGUCCCAGGAGACGGGCGAAGACCCGUUCCCGUGGAGAUAUCACGGCGUUGGCAGGUGGCUGUUGACGUAUGAUAUGUGGAAGGAUAUUGAGUCAAAAUGGCCAUCGACUCCGGAGAGUAUUUCAGCAGCGGAUGACCAGGCUCCUAGAGCAAGUCUAUAG